AUGAGUUCAUAUAUUAUAGCAGGCAGUUCUGAUAAAGUAGAUACAGCUGAAGUAUUCUCUAUUCUUUUAAACUUAAUAGUGUGAGAACAUGGCCAAUCUAAUUAGACAAUAUUAUCCAGAAAUCUCAUUCAAAAUUGUAUUGAAAGAUCUAACUUAAUGGGAAUAAUAUGCUGAUGAGAUAUGUAGAAUAUAUGGAUUUAAAUAAAAAAGUAAUCCCAUCAUAUAUACAAUGGAUGGAUGUCUAAUUGGAGACAGAAAUGUAUUAUUAUGCAAAUCAUUUAGGCAUUUAUUUCAUUAGCAGAGAGUAGAUUUGGUUUCUCUGAUCCAAAAUUAAGAUAAGGACCUAUUACUCCUGAUGUCAAUAAGAAAAUAGCCAAAUAAGAAUUGGAUCUAAAAUUAAAAUUAUAGAGAAACAAGAAAACAUUAGUUGAGAAAAUAGAAUAACAGAUGCUUAUCAUUUAUUCUAAUAAUAUUGUAUAACCAACAGAUGGUGUAUUCAAAUAGUCAUUUAAAAGUGGUGUCAAAGAAAAAUUGAAGACUUGGUAUGAUUCACUAAAUAAUUUAAUACGAACAGAUGUCAAACGUAACUUAUCAACUGAUAGUAUUUACUCAUCUAGUUUUAGAAAUGGAAUGAAGGUGAUUCCUCUAUUUAAUUUUAGUUCCUAUAUAAAUUUGAUGAUAGAUUGAGACCAAUCAAAAAAUUAUAAGAAUCUCAUUAUUUUGAAGAAAAUAAAGAAACCAUAUAAGAAUCUAAUUAUGUUGAUGUUGAAGUCAAAGAAGAUGGUAAAUUAGUAAUCAAACAAAUAUUAUGGUUUAGUGAAACAGCCAGAUUUCUUACUUUAGAAUAAGAAUAAUUAUAAUAAUAAUUAUAAGAAUUGGCAUAAUAGAGAGAGAGGGAAUAAUCUCAUAAGAAUAGUAAUAAUAUAUUAUCAUUAAGGCAUAAUUUCAUCUGAUAUUAGAAGAGACAAUAAUGAAAUAAAUGAUAUAAACUCAUCUCCUAAGGCAACAAUUUAAACUUAACCAAUUGUUGAAUAACCUAAUGAAGAUGGGGAAUAAGAUAUCAUAAAAAAUGAUUAGAUUGAAGAUCUUUAAUAGAUUGAUCAAUAAGUUACUGAUUAAUAAUAAGAAUAAAUUAAUCCAACUAUUGAACAAUAAGAAUUAGAUUAAGUUUAAUCUAUUGGAGAUGGAGGAGCUAUAAUGGAUUUAUAAGAAGAUAUUGAAACUAUCUUAAACAAUAAUUAAGAAAAACCAGACAAAAUUGAUGUGUCAGAAUUAUUUGUUCAUAAGUUUAGAAAUCAAUAUGCAUUAAUUUUACAUCCAUUUCCAUUAAUGGAUGGUUAAAUGUUGUUAUGUAAACCUAUAGAUAAUCAUAUUGAUGAUUAUAGUUGUAUUAAAAGAGGAAGAAUAAAUUCAUACAAGAAAAGUAGUGCAUAAUCAAAUUGUGAAGGAUUAUAUGAGCACUAAUUAGAUAUAUUUAAAUCAAUUACUAUUUAAGAUUGUGAAGUUGUUACCAAAAUUAUUAAUAAAUGUGAUGCUUUAGUUGUUUUGAAUAUUCUUCCAUAAGAUUUAGAAUCAUUUUUACCAUUAUCUAAUGGACAUUAUUCUAUUAUUUUAAGAUAACAUGCAGAAUUAAAUAAAGCUAAUAAGAAAUUGUUUAAAUUCUUAAAUGAAAAGAAAGUAUAAGUUAAUUAUAAANGAUGGUGUAUUCAAAUAGUCAUUUAAAAGUGGUGUCAAAGAAAAAUUGAAGACUUGGUAUGAUUCACUAAAUAAUUUAAUACGAACAGAUGUCAAACGUAACUUAUCAACUGAUAGUAUUUACUCAUCUAGUUUUAGAAAUGGAAUGAAGGUGAUUCUUCUAUUUUAUUUUAGUUCCUAUAUAAAUUUGAUGAUAGAUUGAGACCAAUCAAAAAAUUAUAAGAAUCUCAUUAUUUUGAAGAAAAUAAAGAAACCAUAUAAGAAUCUAAUUAUGUUGAUGUUGAAGUCAAAGAAGAUGGUAAAUUAGUAAUCAAACAAAUAUUAUGGUUUAGUGAAACAGCCAGAUUUCUUACUUUAGAAUAAGAAUAAUUAUAAUAAUAAUUAUAAGAAUUGGCAUAAUAGAAAGAGAGAGAAUAAUCUCAUAAGAAUAGUAAUAAUAUAUUAUUAUUCAGGCAUGAUUUCACCUGAUAUCAGAAGAGACACUAAUGAAUUAAAUGAUACUAAUUCUUCUCCUAAGGCAACCAUUCAAACUUAACCAAUUGCUGAAUAACCAAAUGAAGAAGGUGAACAAGAUGUAAUAAAAAAUGAAUAGAUUGAUGAUCCAUAAUAAACUGAUUAAUAGCAAGAAUAAAUAAAUCCUACUAUAGAAUAAUAAGAAUUAGAUUAAGUUUAAUCUAUUGGAGGUGGAGCUAUACUAGAUUUAUAAGAGGAUAUAGAAACUAUCUUAAAUACUAAUUAAGAGAAGCCUGAUAAAAUUGAUGUAUCAGAAUUGUAUGUUCACAAAUUUAGAAAUCAAUAUGCACUCAUUUUGCAUCCAUUUCCUUUGAUGGAUGGUUAAAUGUUGUUAUGUAAACCUAUAGAUAAUCAUAUUGAUGAUUAUAGUUGUAUUAAAAGAGGAAGAAUAAAUUCAUAUAAGAAAAGUAGUGCAUAAUCAAAUUGUGAAGGAUUAUAUGAUCACUAAUUAGAUAUAUUUAAAUCAAUUACUAUAUAAGAUUGUGAAGUUGUAACCAAAAUUAUUAAUAAAUGUGAUGCUUUAGUUGUUUUGAAUAUACUUCCAUAAGAUUUAGAAUCAUUUUUACCAUUAUCUAAUGGUCAUUAUUCAAUUAUUUUAAGAUAACAUGCAGAAUUAAAUAAAGCUAAUAAGAAACUGUUUAAAUUCUUAAAUGAAAAGAAAGUAUAAGUUAAUUAUAAAUAAUUAAUGCCAAUUGAAGAAUUUAUUCUUGAUCAAAGAAGUUAAUGUUAUGAAGUACAAAGAGAAGUGUUUAAACGUAUAAUUUGUAUAAUUAUAAUGUAGUUAAAUCUUUGGAUAUUCAACAUUACUUUGCAUUCCCUCCAUAGAUUUUAACAGCUGAAUCUGUUAUGGAUAUAAUAUUAAAGAUUUUAUCAAUAAUUUUGGAUUAUGAUCAUAGUAAUCUAAUAUUUUAAUAUUUAGCUGCUGCUCUUAAAAUGGGAUUUAAUUUAUUAAUAAGCAAACACAUAAUAUUUUUAUGUCCAACAUUUUCCAAUUAUGAUAAUAUAGAUGGAUUUAAAUUACAUCUUCAAGCUUUUACAGCUAUGGGCUUUCUAAAUCUACCAACAGGAAGUUCAUCAAUCAAUUUCUUUGAUUUAUUGUAAAAAGCACAAGAAAAAGUAUAAUAAUGA